AUGCCUCUUCAACUCAAGGCAUGUCACCCUGGGGAGGAGGCAGAAGAAGAAGAGAACUUACCUGUACUAGCAAUGCAUUUUGAACGAGACUCAGCUGAGCCCUACUACUUGUUCAAUCAACUGGAAGAAGAUAACUCUGACCUUGCACUCAAGGCAGCCCAGGUCAAACACAAAUGGAAAUAUGUCAACCUCGGGAAAGUCCUUGACUCUGUGCACACCACUGAACUUGACCCUAAGAAGACACAUGUCAUUGAUGAUGAAAUUGAACUUGCACUCUGGGUCUCCAAGUCCUCAGGAGGAAUUAAGACCUCAUCAGAUCACAAUAUCGCGUUCUCCAUGUAUAUUGAGGCCAUUGCCUUUGUCUUCCCACAGUGUUCAAACACCUUUGAACAACAUUCCUCACCUCUUUUGGCAUUGGUUCCAAUUCUGCCUCAUCCUCAGCUGGGUCAGAAGGUAGAUCAAAUAGGCAAGAGGGAAAUAGAGGAAGGGAUGAUCCCUGUCACAAAUGGAAUAGAGGUACCUGCUCCAAACCAGAUGGUGAGUGUCAUUUCACUCACUGCUGCAACUAAAGGGGAUGUCAGGGUGCUCACUGAAAAUCUGAGUGCCCAAACAAAGGAGUUGCUAAAUGAGGGUAUCAUGCAUGGUCAAAGGUUUCGACAUAAGGGAGUUUGGGGACUGGGAGUGUCCUUUUACAGCAGGACUGCCCUAUGGACUGAAACUGUGGCACCCAUGUCUCAACCACCUGUUUGCAAAUUCUCAAACCUUGAUGCCAUGAAUACUAUUCAGACUCAUCCCUCCUUAUUCAAGGUUUCUACACCUAUUAAAGUUGACAUCUUUGAGGCAUUAUCAGCUGAUCACCCCAAUCCUUCCUUUGUUCACUCAGUCUGUGAUGGACUGUGCGAGAGGUUUUGGCCCUUUGCAGAUACCCAUCCUAAUGAGUGGCCUCUUGUCUUUGAUAAUUUGGAUUGGCCUCCAAAGACUGAUGCCAAAAAGGAGUUUCUAUGCACUCAGAUUGAGAAAGAAGUUGACAUUGGGCAUUAUUCUCAAGCUUUCGGACCAGGUCUGCUACCUGGGAUGUAUAGUAUGCCCAUCCAUGCUGUGCUGAAACCAGGAACCAACAAGCACCAGCUGGUUACUGAUCACAGUGCAGGAAUAUACAUGCUCAACUCAAUGAUAUCUCACAACGACAUUGCUGGUGUCACUCUUGAUAAUGUCCAUGAUUUAGUGAAUGGACUUUGUGCCUUCAGACAUACUUGA